AUGUGUAACUUCAAUUGAAGCAUCAAACAAAUUUUUAUUCCAUUUAAUAAUCAUUCGGCAAAUAACAAUCCAAAUUACAGUUAUGUCCACCGAGCAAUUAUUUUCGCUCGAUUUCGACCUCAAAGGUGAAUUUCCAAAGGAGGUAGUUGGCAAAUUUCUGGAAACACAAGUAAAUAUGCUCGGACUGCGCGGUUGGGCGAAAGAAGUUGAAAAGAACCGAAUUAAGGGCCAUAUUGAGGGUCUUCUACCGAAAUUAGAAAAAUUUAAGAAAGUCAUUGAACAGGCUGAAGCCUUUGUAGCGCAAUUCACAGAAAUAAUUUUUACCGAGGUGAAGAAGAUAGAGAAAUAUACGGCAGAGGCAUUCGAAAUAAAGAACUGAAGCCGAACUGAAUAAAUAAAAUAUUGACCAUACAAAUACAUAUUUAGAAGUCAAAUAUUAAGAAAAUAAAACACCCAUCAAAAAUGUA